CAUGGGCUCGAGUCGCGAGUCGCAUGGCUCGCCACAUGGAGUCGGUGUCACACGACUCCACGCACACGGUCCGGGGUGACGACAGGAAGAACUGCGCAUAGCACUGCAUAGCAUGUUGGAUCUCUUUGGGAUUUCCGACGGUGGUAACUCCUCCCCUUCUUUCGCCGGAAAACGUCUGCAGCAUCCCCCUCCUCCUCGAAGCUUUCUGCGCCCCCCAAUGGGAUCGAAGCUGCUGCGCAGAACGCCCGAUGAGGCUGGCUUUGGCCUCCGGCCUGCGCUUGGGUGCCGGGACCACCCGACGGGCAGAGCUGCUGCUGCUGCAGUCGUAUCUGUUGGGAAGCCUCGGUACUGCCGAGGAUCGCAGCACGGCCGAGAGCCUCCAAGUCCUCCUCCUGGCCGGAGGGCUUCAUGCUGAGGAGGAGGGAGAAGGUGCGCCGAAGAGAAGACGUUUUUCCACAGCAGCUGAGGCCCCCGCGGCGCAGCGCGCUGACGAGGCGGACCUCUUCCUGGCGCCGCUGGCGCAACGGCUGCGGCUUUACGUGCAAACUGGAGAAGGAGAUUGUGGCGUGUCCACGUUUCUCCCGCAGAGGGCAAUGCCUCGAAGCAUCUUCCCCAGGAGUGUCAGGUCGGGGAAGCUUCACUUGUGGCCCAACCCGAACAGCUGUUGCCUUGGAGGCCUCCAGGUCGUGGGCCAUGCGGGUCAGCCUUUAGCCUUGGCCUUGCGUCCGGGGCGCCUGGACCUAGACGUGUGGGACGGAAUGCCUCCGUUCGAGUCCGCGAUGCCAGGACAUUCUUCGAAAGGGGAGAAGCAGAUGGAUUGGCUACUGAAGUCUUGGCAAAAGCAACAUUUGGCGCCGCUGUGGCCAGAGCUCUUGAUGAACAAGGCGGAGGUCGCCGCGCCGAGGCGCGCAGCUGCACCGAACGCCUUCAACAUUGACUUGUCUCCGGAGGCUGAGAAGGUGCUGCUCUUUUCGGGCAAUUCCAAGUCAGCCGAGUGGGAACUCAUCGCCGGAGAGGAAAGCGCCUCUCCCCUGGGGCAGAAGGACGUGCUGUCGGUCUGCAUUCCAAGCUUCCAAGAAGAGCCCUGCAUCCUCUUGGUGGACUCCCAGGCCUUGGCCCCCUGCACCGAUCUUGUGGGUGGGUGGCACCAGGUGAACCAAAGCCAACGAUUCAAACAGCCGAAGCUUCGUGCGUGUUCACCCCAAUUGGCGGCUGCAUGCGUCGGCCAAGUACAGAUGGAACUUCAGGGGCGAAACAGCCAAGUCGGCGAAGCACGCGCCAACUCAGUGGAAGGGUGAGCCACGCGUGUUUCGGCCGCAGGACUUGUCGGUUCAGAUGCUGAAAUUCGCCGUUGAGACGAGAGUUUGAGGUGGCGAAGGAGCAGCGAAGAAAAAGAAAGAGCUGGACGAGCCGUGUUGGAGAGAAACAUGACUCCAACUGAAGGGGCAAAAUAAACAUAACAUCGUCUGACUAGAGUCUAACCACACACACACACGCAUCUAUACUA